AUGUUAUCAAAUACACAAAAUAAUAAUAAUGAUAUAGAUAAUACAUUAUUAAAACCUAAAAUAACAUCAAUAAGAAUAUUAUUUAAAAAUACUUGUGAAAAAGAAUUCAAUGAUUUAUUUGGUAAAAAUGGUGAAUUAUUAUCAACAAUAUCAUUAGGUGAUACACGUUUAAUAUUAGAUAAAUCAUCUAUACAUGAAUUAGAAAUACCUGAACAAUAUACAAGUAAAAAAAAACCAUUAAUUGAACAUCAUAUUAAAAUAGUUGGUUUUGAUGAAAAACUUUUGGUACUUGAUUCAUUACGUUUACCAAAACGUAUAACAAUACGUGGACAUGAUGAAAAUAAUUAUAGAUUUUUAGUUAAAGCUGGUGAAGAUAUACGACAAGAUCAACGUAUUGAACCUUUAUUUUCAAUUAUGAAUGCUCUUUAUGAUAAUGAUCCAAAUUAUAAUCAAUCAAAUUCAGCUCAUAUUGCUCUACGAACUUAUAAAGGUAAUUAA